AGGUACUCGGGGAGACUCACUAAUGGCAAGUAAGCACGGGAAGACUCGUGAAGAUUUUUCAACACAUUGAAAAACGUCCACGAGAGCCCCGAGUACCGACGAGUGGCCGUUACCGUAAAUCUCCGAUCAGAGCAAACUCGGGAGAGCUCUUGGAAUGAACUCGUACCGUGGGACAGGGCUUUAAGGCAGCGACUCUACUGCUGCACAACAUUUUUUUUGUUAAAAAUAGAGGUUCCUACACAAACCUUGCUCUCUCUUUAUUUUAAACAUGACUCCCUGGGAAGUUGGCAGGAAGGCACUGUUUGGGAGUAAUAUGUCAGGGGAAUAACAACGUUUUUUUUUAUAGGCUGGCAGCCUUCCUUAUGUAAUCACUUAAUUGGGUUCACAUGUUUGUUCAAACUGCUUGCAUGCAACAGCUCUUGGCAAGUGCACUUUUUUAAAAAGGAACUGAACCUGGCAAAUUACUGUAUUUUAGAAAAAUAAUGGCAAAAUUAUCUUGAUGGUGAAAUUAAUUGUUUUAGCAUGAAGAAUGUUUUGAAGGACGGCGCGGCAGUGGGGUUGCUGCCUCACAGCAUCAGGGACCCAGGUUCGAUCCCGGACUACGGGCUCUGUCUGUGUGGAGUUUGCACACUCUCCCUGUGACCUGCGCGGAUUUCCUCCAGGUGCUCCCGGUCCUAAAGAUGUGCGGGUUUGUAGGCUAAUGGGCCUUUGUAUAUUGUAAAAUAUCCCCAGUGUGUGUGUGUGUGUGUGUGUAGGAUAGUGCUAGUGUACGGGGUGAUAGCUGGUCGGCAUGGACCCGAUGGGCCGAAGGGCCUUCUUUCGGCGCUGCAUCUCUAAAGUCUAAAAGAAAGUAAAUCUCUCUAAGGUCUUAAUUUCACAUUGCUCAUAGUGGCUUCGAACAUGGAUAUCCAUUUUAGUUUUGUACUGCUUUAGAGCUAAAUCAAUAAUGUUCCAAAGACUGACUGCAAAGUAAUUUGAUAACCCCUGUGUGCUCUGCUCUGCUCUCUUCCCUGCCCUUCCCCAGGCACCAGCGUUGUUCUCUGCUCGAUACGCCCACGUUGGAGGAAGAUGGCCGGCCCUUGGCGGUGGCUCCUGGCGGUGGCCGUGUUGCCCGUGUUGGCCGCGGUGGCGCCCCCUGGUGGGUGCGGGGCCGACCUGGACUCGCUCUACUUCAACCUGUGCGACCUGUCCAGCGUGUGGGGCAUCGUGCUGCAGGCGGUGGCCAGCGCGGGCAUCCUCAGCUGCUUCGUGCUGCUGCUGGUCCUGCUGGCCAGCGUCCCCUUCGUUCAGGACGGCAAGAAGAAGAGCGCCCUGGCCGUCCAGCUCCUCUUCAUCUUCGGCACCUUCGGCCUCUUUUGCCUGGUUUUCGACUUCAUCGUGGGCGAGGACUUUGCCACCUGCGCCUCCAGGCGCUUCCUCUUUGGGGUGCUCUUCGCCAUCUGCUUCUCCUGCCUGUUGGCGCACUCUCUCCGGCUCAACUACCUGGUGCGCAAAAACAACGGCCCCAAAGCCGGCUACAUCUUCCUCUUGGCCCUUGGCCUCUCCCUGGUCGAAGUGAUCAUUAAUACCGAGUGGCUCAUAAUCACCGUGGUACGAAACAACGGCACCCAUUCCACCACGCCGGGCGAUCCUUGCAACGUGGCCGAGAUGGACUUUGUCAUGGCUUUGAUUUACAUCAUGUUCCUCAUUGUGGCCACGUUGGUCUCUGCGGUGGCCUCUCAGUGCGGCCAUUUUAAACACUGGAAGAAACACGGGGUGUUUAUACUCGUCACCAUCUGCUUCUCCGUUGCCAUUUGGAUAGCCUGGAUUGUGAUGUACGUCUACGGGAAUGGCCGGGUGGGGAACGGACGCUGGAACGACCCGACCCUCUCCAUCGCCCUUGUUGCCAACGCCUGGGUCUUUGUCUUCCUUUACACCAUCCCCGAGAUCUGCCACCUGACCAAGGCCAGCAUGGAGCAGAACUACGUUGAGGAGGUCUACCCCACCAGAGGGGUGGGCUACGAGACCAUCUUAAAAGAGCAGCAAGCUCACCACAUGUACAUCGAGAAUAAAGCCUUCUCCAUGGAUGAACCCAACGCAGCGAACAAGCCCAAGUCUCCGUACAGCGGCUAUGCUGGUUACAACGGGCAGCUCCGUAACAGCGUUUACCAACCGACCGAGAUGGCGUUGAUGAACAAAUCCGGCCCGUUGGAAAAUCCCUACGACCACUACAUCCCACGGGUCACCAUCAACCAGUCUGCGUUCUCCAGUAACGCGUCCACGCUCCGCGCUGAAGAUGCCUUUACAGCCGAGAGCCGGCGGACGGCCCAGCCAGAGGGCGGCAGUGGGCAGCCAUUUUAAAGCCGGCGUCCGCGAGGGAGACCACUAACAAACGUACGUGUGGGUCGACGUGCAACCUGGAACAUCUCCGUGGUGGAAGGAGUCUCUCGGCUGAUCCCUCGUGACGUGACCCCAAAAGCCUGAAGCUUCGGGCCUUCCCUGACGACCUUCCCUUUCACUCGGCCUUUGGGAUGGAAUCUCAUCCGAAGAUAAAGCAACUUGUUUACUGUAGCGGACUGAAAGCAGCCCGUGUGGAACGUGGUCUCGGAUCUCCUCCAAUCCUCGGGCCGGCCCACCGUGAGCAGUGUCCCACGCAGAGACCAAGCUUUCUCGAAUGGUCUCCUGUGAACAAUGACCAAUAUCCUCACUGUCUCUGCGAACUCUAGGCUGAACAGCCUGUCCCCAAAGCCGCCCCAACUGUAACCAGAAGGUCCCGUGACCACGGAGCGCCAGCGGGCCCCACUGACGUUGUGCGGACGGAACUCUCCCAGUAGAGAUGUCCUUGGCUCACGGUCGGAAAGUAGUCCAAAUUCCCACUUCAGGUGUGAGACUGACAUUCUUGGGGAAUGCUGCAGCCUUGGAGAUGCCAACCGUUGGGUUGAGACGGUCAAACGAGAUCCAUUCAGCAUCAGGAGGGGUGUGAAGAUUCCAACGCCGCGGUUUUGAGGAAGCGCAGUGAAGAUACUUCUGAUGUCCAGCCCAACUCUGGCUCUGGGAGGCAAACAGGUCACCUGGUCACUGACGGCCUCUUGGCUGCUUGCGUUUUGUACAUCCGUACAGUGACCACAUUCCAAAACUACAUGUUGUUCAAGAAGGAACUGCAGAUGCUGGAAAAUCGAAGGUACACAAAUAUGCUGGAGAAACUCAGCGGGUGCUGAGGGGUUUCGGCCCGAAACGUUACCUAUUUCCUUUGCUCCAUAGAUGCUGCUGCACCCGCUGAGUUUCUCCAGCAUUUUUGUGUACCUACAAAACUACUAGUUGGCCGCAAAUCCAUAUUUGGAUUAUUUUGGGGCUUUUUAAAAAAUGCUCGUCUUUUUUUUGCCUAUGCAUAAUUUGGAAAUAUAUCGCCAUUCCUUUGUCGCCGGUUCGAAGCCGAGUCGAGCGUUCUACAUCACAGCGACGGCCACGUGGAGACGGUGAUUGGAGGAAGCAACCUGUCACCGCCGUCUCCUGGGUGUUUGGGAGAGAGAAGUAAGUGCGGCCUUGUCCGCUCCGACUUCCAGGGAAUGCUGACCAUCCCCCCGCCCAUUAGUGGACUAGAGCGUUGGCUGAUGCCCGCCCUCUAUGGCGCUCGUCUAAUUUCAGAACCGUGAGUGGCAACUUGGAGCAAGCAGAUUUCCAAUGGAAGAACUAGGAAGAAGCAUUAGAUGUGACUGCAGUCGGGGCUCGACCCGAAACGUCACCCAUUCCUCCUCCCCAGCGAUGCUGCUCGUCCCGUUGAGUUACUCCAGCAUUUAGUGUCUUAUCUCCGGCUGGAGUAACUCAGCGGGACAGGCAGCAUCUCUGGACUGAAGGAAGGGUCUCGACCUGAAACGUCGCCCAUUCCUUCUCUCCAGAGGUGCUGCCUGUCCCGCUUAGUUACUCCAGCAAUUUGUGUCUAUCUUCGGGUUAGGCAUCUCUGGAGAAAAGGGUUAGGUGAUGUUUCGGGUCGAGACCCUUCUUCAGACUGAGAGACCAUCUCCGUGGACAUGAGCUGUGCAAAUUGUCUGUCACAUAACAGUCUUUCUGUGAAACACUUUAAUCUGGGGCCUGAAGAUGAACUGUUAUCUUGCUGAGGUGACGUGCGUGCACAUUCGGCCAAUUCAGGAGCAUUCCCCCAAAGCCCUUCAUUUUGAAACAGGACUCGGUUUCCUGGCAGGAAAUUGGUCUAUGGCAGUUGACUGGAGGUUGGCACUUUUACUAUCAAAGGUAAGGCACAAAAUGCUGGGGUGACUCAGCGGGACAGGCGGCAUCUCUGGAGAAAAGGAAUGGGUAACGUUUCGGGUCGAGACCCUUCUUCGGACUGAAGAAUUCAGAUUGGUCGCGACCCGAAACGCCACCCCAUUCCCUCUCUCUCCAGAGAUGCUGCCCGUCCCGCCGAGUCACUCCAGCAUCCUGUGUCUUAUCUUCGGGGUAAACCAGCACCUGCAGUUCCUUCCUACACUUUUGCUAUCGGUGUUGAGGUUGAAAAACUGCCUAGCCCCAUCGAUGGGAUUAAAUCACUUGGAAGAGGGAUUGAAUCAAUUGGCUGUGCUCCGAGCUGGCUGAGUGUUGUACCAAUUCCUGCCUAAAUUCACCAAUGAUCUAUAAGUGGCACCAAUGGGGACUUGUUGAAAAUAGCCACUAACUAAACCGUGCAGUUCUUUAAUUUGUGUUUACCAGUUUCAGCAAAACAGAGAAAUGCCCAAUUGUCUCUCUUUUAAAACCUGGAGUUUGGCAAUAAGUUGUUUUUUUUUUAAAUAUAUACUCAAGUUGGUUUAAUAGGUGGAAGUUGUAAGAACUUGAGUACCUGUAUAAUCGGCUGGCCAAAGAGUAGGACCUCAAAGUAGUAGAAAUGUUCUGUAUUCUGACAUUUCGGAAAUUAUGCUCUGGAAAUAUUUUAUUAUCUUUGCAUUUUAAGCGUCCUUUGACGGUGAAUUUAGCUGCAAGUCCAACAUAUUUGACACUCCAAUAAAGAAAGUGCACAAUUUGUGUAUUUUUUUAAAUCGGU